ACACUGGAGGAAUAUUCAGGUUAUUCUACUUCCAGAUGUCCAUCACAUGGUGUGUGUGUGUGUGUGUGUGUGUGUGUUUGAGAUACCUACAUAAUUACAGGGAGGUUCAUUUCACUUUUGAUAACGAAGACAACACAGCUUUCGACAAACCCAGAGAACUCGAGCAUCUGAGCAUCAUGGCCGCCACUGUGGUUAUCCAGCAGCAGCCGAGGGCAGUGCCGAUGGUCACAGCGUGGAGUUCAGGACUGUGCCACUGCUGCCAGGACAUGGAAUCAUGCUGUUGUGCGUUCUGGUGUUUUCCCUGCUUCACCUGCAGAACCUCGUCUCAGUUUGGCGAGAGUUUUUGUCUCCCUCUGGUGGAUCUUCUUGGUCCUGCAUUAGUGGCUAUUACAGGCGUAGGGGUGUGUAUUCCUCCUGUCACUCUGUCUAUGAGGGUGGCCAUACGGUACAAGUACGAGAUUCCGGGCAGUUUGUGUGAAGACAUUCUGGUCUCCUGUUUCUGCAUCUGUUGCUCGUGGUGUCAGAUGAACCGGGAGAUCUUACACCGGAAACGGACAGAGGCGGUGUUCAACGGGCAGCAAGUGCCCUUCACCACCGUCACCACCACCGUGCCUACAAUAGUGACUUAGUCGUGAAUUUAUGUCUUUCUGUUUUACAGACACAGAACAACUUUUAAUAAUACAGAUUCGGUUUUUUUGUUUGUUUGUUUGUUUUUAGAUUUAAAUCAUAUUUUUUUCAGACUUGAUGAGAAACUAAUUAAAAAUUGGGAAAAUCCUGAUAUUAGUGGAAUUUAGAUAGAUAGAUAGAUAGAUAGAUAGAUAGAUAGAUAGAUAGAUAGAUAGAUAGUUUCUUUAUUGUCAUUACACAGAGUACAAACAAUUUUAAUUUUUAAUAAACAGUCAUGAAGAGGACAAAUUUUUGUAAAUAUAAAAAGACAGAACAGAUCAUCCACAACGGUAUGUAGAUAAUUUACUGAACAAUAAAAUGAACGUAAAAUAAAGGAUAAUGAGUAAGUUUCUAUUACAACAUCUAUGUAUUUAGUUAUAUAUAUAUAAAUAUAUACACGCUUAACAUGGUUCUUUAGGGAUUGAAUGUAAAAACUUAUAUUUUAUUAAUAAUUCAUUAAUAAUGAUCAUUGUUUUUUUUGUUUUUUUUUUCUUCAAUGCAAAUCAGUUUGGACCCCAACACUGCUGCAGCUCAUAAAUAAAGAUGAUUCGUGUCUAUUAUUAAUUGUGUCUGUCUCACUUCCUCCCUGUCUGUCUCUCUGAAGUCCAGACUGUGUGCAUGGUGAUGAUUAAGCUCUUCCUGGAUUGUUUCCUGGAAUCAUUAAACUUUCCGCUAAUCGGC